AAGAAAAAUACAAUUUUUUUCCCUCGAAUGGAUGAUGGUUUUCCUGUGGAAUUCUGGCAUACUGAUCUCUAUUGGCUCGACGCUCCAAUUCCCGUCUCCGACCCCGCUCCGGGACAGAUAAGUGCUUUCGUACCAUAUCUGCCCCAACCCGCCAUCGGAUCGAGGCAAAAGAACAAUCCUAUCACCGCCACCACCAUCACCGCCACCUAUUCGGAGAACGUCCACAAGAGGGUGAUCGAGUACUGGAGAAAGCGGUGGCAAGAAAAAAAGAAACCAGCUGAAAUGGGAGAUCUAGAGAGAGAAAGAAGUCAUAGGCACAUGCUGAACGAGAGGAUGAGGAGAGAGAAACAUAGACAGAGCUACUCUGAACUCCAUUCUAUGCUCCCAAUUAAAGUUAAGAACGACAAGAAUUCGAUUGUUCAAAUGGCGGCGAGGACGAUAGAGGAGCUGAAAGCCUCAGAGGGAAUGCUAAAGAAGAGAAAUAUAGAGCUGGAAAUGGCGUUAUCAGCAAAGAAGAGAAAGCAAGAGAAGGGGACAACACCAAUUAGGGUUGCAGUGGCUAACCCUUCAUCUGGGAUUAACUCUAUGCUGGGUGUUCUUAAUCUUCUCAAAACUGUUGGAGUGAAUGCCAAAGCUAUUCAUGCCACUUUCUUGGACUCUCAGUUUUCGACGCACAUCGCCAUUGAUUCUCACGUAAGAUCACCCGACUCUUUUAAAUUUGUGUCAAAUAGGUAACAUAACUCUAUUAACAUCAAUCGAAAAGAAAUUACAAGACACUCUGUAGAAUAGUAUACAAUUUUCUCUAAUUGAGAAAAUUUAAUAAAGUAAACAAUCUGUUCUUAAAAUAUCUCAAUCUUUAGGACGUGCUUAAGUUUUAAAGUCGAAUGUAUUGUGUUGAAAUCGUGUAAUAAUUUAUGGAUUUGGAAGAAAUUUUGGUUGUUUGGUUGGUUUGAUGGGCAGAUGAGAGGUGCCGAAGUGGAAAGAGCGUUACAGAUGACGGUAAGCGAAGUAGAGAGGAAAUUUCAAAGGCGAUGCGAGGAAGGUUCCCAUGACGUAAAAGAUGGGUCCACAAUUUGAAGUCUUAAUAGACACGUUGGAAUUUUCUCU